CGCAAUACGGGUGGCGUUAAAGGACAAGCCUGAUGACGACACUCUGACGCUACUACGUGUACGUACGUCCAAAGGGGGAAGGGCACGACUGGAGAAAGAAUUGCAGCAACGGGAAAAGCAGCACAGAAUAAACAACUUAAUAACCGCACGUUAAAAGGUGAGUCAUGCGUCGGGCUUCUAUACGCCGAGGGACUAGCGACAAGCAGGCUCCUCCAGACAGUGCCCCCGAGACAGAACCCACAGCUAACUCUGACAAGGCUGCUCCCGAGGAGGAGGAUGAGGCCGUGGCCGAAACCCCAGCAGCUGAAGCCAAGGGAGAGAAGGAGGCCGUGGGAGAGAAGGGAGAAGGCGAAGAGGCAGCGGCCCCAGCAGAGGGGGAAGGAGAAGGAGGAGAGGUAGAAGGCGAGGCGAAAGACAAAGAUGCGGAGGGGGACGCAAAAGCUGAGGGAGAAAGCGCUGAAGAGACGGGGAAGAAGAAGAAGUCUAAAGACAAGAAGGAGGACAAAGAGGUCACAAAUGAGGUGAAGGUGAAAAAGGUGAAGAAGUCCAUCCCAGCUUGGGCUUCUCUGCCCUCCGUGAAGCGCACUGCCAACAAGACCAUCAUUCAGCACCCCAAAGUGCACAACAUCCUCAUCGAGGCUAUCCAGAACUGCAAAGAGAGAACUGGUGCUUCUGCCUUUGUCAUCCUGAAGUACAUCAUGAGUAAAUAUGCCUUCCUGGAGCUGGACAAGAGGAAAUUCCUUCUCAGGAAGUCCAUGAAGCGACUGGUGGAGAAAGGGGCCAUCAAACAGCUGAGGGGGAAAGGCUUUGCUGGGAGUUUCACAAUUGGAAACCUGUCGGCUGUCUCCAACUCUGCCAAGAAAAUGUCUGUGGUGGUGGCUCCUGGCGUGAAGGCGGAGACUCUGGGUGAAUGCCUGCCUCUUAUCAUGACACGCCUCUGUGAGCCCAAAGAGGCCUCCUAUCUGCUUAUCAAGAAGUACCUGACCGAGCACUACUCGCAGAUGGAUGUAGAGAAGAGGCCUGAUAUUCUGAAGAAUGGCCUGCAGAAAGCAGUGGAGAGGGGACAGCUGGAACAGAUCACUGGAAAAGGAGCCACCGGAACAUUCCAGCUGAAGAAGACUGGGGACAAACCCGCAACUGUCCUUGAGGAUGCUAUAGUGACCGCCAUCAUAGCCAUGAACGAGCCCAAGUCCUGCAGCAUCCACACGCUCCGCAAGUUCCUCAUCGAAAACCAUAAGGACAGAAAGGAGAAUCUCUUGAUGCACCAGCUGAAGAGAACCUUGGAGAAGGGCAAGACCAUGGGCUGGAUAGAACAGAUCACUGGCCAUGGCCUGAGUGGGAGCUACCAGCUCUCCUACCCCUAUUACCCAAGCCCAGCCAUCCUGUUCCCAGAUAAGAUUGCAAAACAGAAGAAGAAAGAGGAAGAGUGGGCCAAACGUAAGAGGAUGGCUGACUCGGAGGAUGACGAGUCUGAGGAAGAGUCUGAGGAGGAGGAAGAUUCAGAUGAUGAGCCCCCUCGUAAACGAAGACAACAGAGGAGGCCAGCCCCAAAGGCCCGCUCCUCAGCAUCCCGGAGUAAGGGCAAAUCCACCAACAGGAGAUCUGCUCCUGCCAAACGGUCAGCCCCACCAGCCAAGAGGGCGGCGCCACCUGCUAAGAAAAAAGCUAUUACCCCAGCGAAGAAGCCAGUGGCCAAGAAGGCGCCCCCGGCUAAAGCCACACCAGUCAAGAAAGCCACACCAGUCAAGAAAGCUUCCCCCGCACGCACACCUAAAACACCCGUCGCCAAGAAGCUGACGAGCAGAGUGGCCAAGCGACCACCGGGCAAGAAGGCACCAGCCAAGGCAGCCAAAACCGAGACGGAAAAGGCCAAGGCAGCCAAAUCAGAACAACCAGCGAAGGGGAAGGGGGCCAAACCAGCCGCCCGCAAGUCAACUCGUGUGAAGAAGUGAGCUUGCCGACGAGGCUCGCGGAUGGUGACGUUUACUCGUAGCUCAGUAGACUGUUGUGCUUUGCCUCCCCUCCCCCCUUUCUCGAUCUAUUCUCCCUCUUUUUUUCCUUUAUAUUUUUUUGUAUAUAUUCAUCCUUCCUUCCUAGCUAGAGGCCUUGUAAUUAUUUCAGAUGGAUGAACAACGAUGUCAGUUUGUUCAUAGAAAUACAUUUCCGUUAUGAGUCUCAAUUUUGAAAGUCAUGGUGUUGUGUUGGUUAAGUGUUUUUCUUUUUAAAAUACAUUUCCAAUGGUCAAACUGUCCUUUAUUUCACACUCAAGGAACCUCAAAGGGUCUGUCAGCAUUAAGUAUUAAAUCUUACUCAAUCUAACACCAGUGGUUAAACGUUUAAUUUGCCUCAUUACCAGUUAGCCCUUACUGCUCAGUAUAUGUUCUGUAUUUGAGACGUUAAUCUUUUUUUGUUUUGUCAAAAGAUGUUUUUUUGUCACAGUGUGAAGUUUCUGUUGAUAUUUCUGAAGGAUAAAGAGCUUUUGGUCACUGUAGGCUCUUACUGUGAGCUUAGUGAGAGAAGGUAACAUUAUUUGACUUUGACUAAUGAUUUUUUUUUUUUUUUAAUAAUCUCAUUUAUCAUGAUUUUAAAUCAUAUUUGAAAAUGAGCAAAGGUGUACUCAAGCAUGAGUGUACUUCUGAAAUGUUGAUUUAAUACGUUGUUUUUUGUUCAAACGAUUAUUUGUAAAAAUGGCUAUCCCUGUCUGCAUUGGCAGACUAAAUUGGAAGUCCAUAUUUCUACUAACAGUUGGAAUGAAAAUGAUUUCAUGAAAAUGACGGUUUAAUUUGUGUGUUAUUGGUGUUAAAAGAUAGAUCAUGGCAGGUUUUUUUGUCAUAUACAUAACUUCAAUACAGCACACAAAAGUUAUAUUCAAUUAUAUUCUAUGUAUUAGAGAAUCCAUGAGGAUAAGACCGCUUUCGUUCUCAUGAGCUUGGCUCAUGUUCUGCAUGCUGUUAAACUUUCACUGAUCUGCUUUUCUGUAGUCAUUAAUAAAGUGACUAUAUAUUUGUACUAUCUUA